GUAAGUUCCGUUCGCGCCUUCGCGCUACUAGUCUCGCUUGUCCUUUCCCGCUGAGCUUCUCUUCCUGAGACAAUCAUAGCGGCUGCCGUGCUCUCCCGCCCAGCUUCUCUUACUGAAACUUCUUCAGCUCUGCGUAUUUACCAAUGAAUACGAGUUUGAUUCUUCUUUUGAAAUUUCUUUCUCCUCGAAGAAGGUUAUCUUGCUUGCUAACUUUGCACAUAUAAGCCUUCAUAUGCUUUUGUUGUUCGAUUAAAUGCCUCACCGAGAGUAUGAAAUAAGUAUUUUGCAGCUGUGCGUCUGUUGGAAGCCAGAAGCGUAUACGGUACAAGUCAUGUUCUGUGUGAUGCGAUUUCAAUAAGGAGAAGAAUCUUCCAUUCUGUUUUAUUCAAGGAAUUAUAUUUGAUACUAGAGAGUUGCUGUUCGGGGAGGACUAGAUGAUGUCUUUGAGGAAGAUCAGGAAACAGAUUGGUGCAGUUUUCCCUUCUGUUUCAUAUUCCUUGCUUGAUGACGGUGGAUGCAAUUGCACUUGGUUUCCCAAACGCCAAAUUCAAUCGUCCUGGAGUCACAGAUCUGUCUGCAAGAUCACCGGUGUAUCUUUUACCAAUAUAUACAUGCCUACUGCUUUUUUAGAAAUUCAGACUAAGAUGCAACCUUUAUCAACAAUGGCUGGCACAAUCUUGGUUCAGGCUCGAGACCCUGCUAAACUUAGCAUGGAAAUUGACAUUGCAAUUGAUGAGGGUAGGCUCAGUGAUGCGUGGAAGUUGUACGAGCAGCACAUGCAGAUGGAAGGGUUCCCUCGCAAAACCAUUGUUAAUAAGCUUCUCUCAAGUUUUGCAGAAAGCCUUGAUGUUCAGUGGCUUGAGAAGGCUUAUGGCUUGGUUGAACGGGCUAUUGAGGAGAGUAAACAGAACUUACUAGAGAAAGAGCCGUUGAUUUAUCUCUCCUUUGCUCUUGCCAUAUGUAGCAUGCCAGUUCUAACAUCCACUAUUCUGAGAAAGUUGGUAGAAAUGGAACAAUAUCCUCCAGUAACUGCUUGGUCUGCAAUUUUGGCUCACAUGUGUCUUACUGCUCCUGGAGCUUACCUUGCUGCUGAGUUUAUUCUUGAGAUAAGUCACUUGUUCCUAUAUGGAAAAAUCGAUCCACGGAAAAAGAUUAAUGCACCUUUGCUGGCUAUGAAGCCUAAUACAACUGCUUUUAACAUUGCUUUGGCUGGGUGUGUUCUAUCUGGAAAAACAAGGAAAGCAGAGCAGCUCCUUGACAUGAUGCCUCAAAUUGCUGUUAAAACAGACACAAACUUGUUAAUCACAAUGGCGCAAAUAUAUGAGAGAAAUGGGCGAAGAGAAGAGUUGAAAAAGCUUCAGAGGUACAUAGAUGAAGCUCAUAAUUUAAGUGAUAUUCAGUUUCGACAGUUCUACAAUUGUUUGCUAGCAUGCCAUUUAAAAUUUGGGGAUCUAGAUUCUGCCUCUAAAAUGGUUUUGGAAAUGCUUCAUAAAGCGAAAAAAGCAUGUAAUACUAUUGCUGCCGCUACACUUUUUUCUGAAGCUGAUGAUAAAUCCCCUUCGCCUCCAGUGCAGAUAUACAGGGAAAGUUUAAACCAAAAGGAAUCAGGCAAUUUGGAGAAUGAUUCGCUGUUUAAUAGCAGACACCGUAUCAUAUCGUAUGAAGAGUUCAGGAAAGACCGACAUUUCUUGGCACUUGUGGCUGAGACGAGAGAAAUGCUAAAUACUUUAUUGGUUAAAUUGCAGAUGGAAGUUGAAUUGAUUACUACUAAACAUGGAAUUCUUCAACCAACUGAAAAAAUUUAUGUGAAACUGGUGAGGGCUUUUCUGGAAGCUGGUAAGACUAAAGAUUUGGCUGAGUUUCUCAUCAAGGUUGAGAAAGAGGAUUCCCCAGCUUCUAAUGAUGAUUCAGCGUUUGUUCACGUCAUUAAUUCGUGCAUUUCACUCCAGUGGUUAGACCAGGCAUAUGACCUUCUAGAUGAGAUGCAUUUGGUUGGAUUUAGAACUGGUUCCUCUGUGUAUGCAUCCCUCAUAAAAGCAUAUUGUAAAGCAAGCAGAGCAGCAGAAGUCACAUCACUUCUUCGAGAUGCUCGUAAGGCUGGCAUUCAGCUAGAUUCAAGUUGUUAUGAGGCAUUGAUCGAGUCACGAGUUCUUCAAAAGGAUACUCCAGGGGCCCUUCAACUAUUCAAAGAGAUGAAAGAAGCUAAAAUUCCUAGAACUGGUCAUCAAGAAUUUGAGAAGUUGGUUAAGGAUUGUGCAGAUGGUGCUGAUGCUGGGUUGAUGGCAAAACUCUUACAGGAAAUAAAAGAUGGUCAAAAGGUGGAUGGUGGAGUUCAUGAUUGGAACAAUGUGAUACAUUUUUUCUGUAGGAAGAGAUUGAUGCAAGACGCUGAGAAGGCUUUGAAGAAAAUGAUAAGCCUUGGGUACACCCCAAAUGCUCAAACAUUCCAUUCUAUGGUUACUGGGUACGCCGCUAUUGGGGGCAAGUAUAUAGAAGUAACCGAACUGUGGGGAGAAAUGAAAGUUCUUGCCUUUUCAGAUUCGAUGAAGUUUGAUCAAGAACUCCUGGACUCUGUGCUUUAUACAUUUGUGAGGGGCGGAUUCUUUAGUCGAGCCAAUGAAGUUGUGGAUACGAUGGAGAAAGAUAACAUGUUUGUCGACAAGUACAAGUAUCGAACUCUCUUCCUCAAGUACCAUAAAACACUUUACAAGGGCAAGGCUCCCAAAUUUCAGUCAGAAGCCCAGCUUAAAAAGAGAGAAGCAGCCCUGACUUUUAAGAAGUGGGUAGGUUUGUCUUGAGGAAAUUUUCUCCUGUGUGGAAAAAUCUCUUACAAACAGACCCUCUACAUGUCCUCCUUGAGUAGAAUGUGGAGAAGUUACCCUUACCCUGUCCAGUUCCAUUCAGAUGAUUAGGCCUUGAGGGACGAUGAGGCCGUAGGGCCGCCUGUUAAUGGGCUUGAGAAAGCCCAAACUUCGAUUGGUACUACGGAAAUGGGCCAAUAAGAAGAGGAACUGCGGAAGUCCCAAGAUUAACCCAAUUCGGAACCAAAUCCAACCAAGGCCCCAAUGACUGAGCCAGCAAUAAUGCAUGACAAUUGUCACACACAACUCAUGUAAUCACUUGAUCAGCGACUAAUGUGACGACUGAUGAUGUAAAAGUAAAACAUGACUGAACAACUGCAAAU